AUGGCUUUUUAUCUCAAAAGUUUACUGAGGGCUAUUAUAACAAGGAAGGACACUGCCAGAGAAUCAAUGCUGCUGGCCCCCGCCAGGCUCCCCAGCGGUCCUUCGGCACGGUCAAAGUUCUACCUGCGAGAUCCGCCGAACGACAAACCUGACUGGCUGAAAGUUGGGCUGACCUUGGGUACCACUGGCUUCCUGUGGUUUUAUCUCAUCAAACAGCAUAAUGAAGAUGUUUUAGAGUAUAAAAGAAGAAAUGGUUUGGAGUAAAUUUUGGAGUUACUGCUAUAGUAUGCUCCAUAUAAUGAUUAUAGAAGUUCUUCUGGAUUCACUGAUCUAUUGAGUUUUGAAUGUCAGAGAAAGUUAUAUGUGAAUAUAUAUGAAGUCAGAAUUCAUGUUUUCUUUGAUUAAACGAAAGAAAUGAAA